ACAGAGCUGCCGGAGGUGCUGUUAUACAGAUGUGCUGUGUUAUCUCCUGUAGGAUGCAGAUCUUCCUCCUGGUGACACUUGUGGCAGGAAUGCUGAGACAGAGCCAGUGCUGCAAUCCCAACCUACAAGGGAUUAAUUUGGCCAGGGAUGGACAGGUCGUUCAGAGCUCUCUCUUUAAUUAUCACAUAAAGGGGAACCCCGAGAACGCCAUUGAUGGCAAUAGAGAUGGGGAUUUUUCUAGAGGCUCCUGCACUCACAAUAAUGCAGAGGAUAAUCCCUGGUGGAGGCUGGAAUUCAGGAAAGUCUAUAAGAUUGGAACCAUUAUAGUGGCAAAUCGGCAGGAAUGCUGCGCUGACCGGAUUGUGGGGGCCGAGGUCCGUGUUGGGAAUUCUCUAGACAACAACAAUCCUGUCUGUGGCGUCAUCACCGAUGCUGAUCACAUCACCACGCUGUGCUGUAACGGGAUGGAAGGUCGCUACGUCAGCGUAGUCAUUCCUGGUGUACAGAGGGUCCUGCACGUGUGUGAGGUGGAGGUCUAUGAGCAGGAUCAGGAAUCCAAUUAUGUUCUGACAGAAGACCUCCAACUCCUCAUCUGUCCCACUCCAAAUGAGGAGGUCUUUCAGCAGAUUGGUGAAAUGAGUGGGAGAUUCCUUGAGAAGGGUUAUAAGCAGGAAGAGUUGUUAUCUUCAAAACUGCGUUUGGAAUCUGACAAUGAUUUUCAGCCAGGACAUGUAACAGUGAAUGCAGUAAAUGUAGAUGUUAAUGCCACUGUCCCUGUGAACCUAGAUCCAUGUUCCAGUACAGCCAAGAUCGAACUGGUGGGAACACCCAAGAUGGCUGAGCAGAUUGUACUCCAGGCCACAGACUCAGAGAUGCAGAUCUUCCUCCUGGUGACAGUGGUGGCAGGAGUGCUGAGGCAGAGCCAGUGCUGCAAUCCCAACCCGCAAGGCAUUAAUUUAGCCAGGGAUGGACAGGUCACUCAGAGCUCUGUGUAUCAAGAGUCUGUAAAAUCUUACGCCACAAACGCCAUUGAUGGCAUUAGAGAUGGUGCUUUUAUGAAAGGUUCAUGCACUCACACCAAUGGUGAAGAUAAUCCCUGGUGGAGGCUGGAACUCAGCAAAAUAUACAAGAGUUUAUCCAUUAUUGUGGCAAAUCGGGAAGAUUGCUGUGGUGAGCGGCUCCUGGGGGCCGAGGUACGUGUUGGGAACUCUCCAGACAACAACAACCCAGUCUGUGGCGUCAUCUCCGGGACCGGUCACAUCACCACGCUUUGCUGUUACGGGAUGGAAGGUCGCUACAUCAGCAUAGUCAUUCCUGGUGCACAGAAGUACCUGACCCUGUGUGAGGUGGAGGUCUAUGAACUUGAUCAGGAGCCCAAUUAUGUCUGCUGGUAGACAAAGGCCAUUACACCCAUAUACCCUGCAGAUGGAGCCGGGGGCGUGUCUUGUCUGUAGAGGGACUGUAGAGGGGAGGACGCACUGUAAUGUGUAAAUCAUUAGUCACUGCUCAUUAAUAAACACU